ACUUGGCUGUCUUGCUUUGACCUCAUUCAUAUGACGACUACUGACUGUAAAUAAGCCAUGUUUAAAAGUUUUGUCACAGUCACUUGUUGGAAAGUUAAAUGAACAGUCAUCACUGAUCCCUAUUACCUGUGUUUACAUUACCAGAAAGAAUGGAGAGCCUCUAUGAAUGUGAGGUGUGCAAUAAGAAGUUCACUCUCAAGUCGAACCUCACACGGCACACAAAGCUCCAUUUUCCCAAGCAGCAUGCCUGUGAGGAGUGUGGGAAGAGCUUCGCUACCCAACCCCAGCUGGACCUGCACAGCAAGCAGCACCAGUACCCCAACAUCCCCCUGUACAAACCGGGAGAGGCCCGCUUGAGGUGCACGGCAGCUGCCAAGGCUGAGGCGGAGAACCCCAACAAGAAGGUGGACCCGACCUGGCUGGACCCCGUGAAGGCAGAGGCUGCUGCCAGAGAGGCCGGAGGGGGAGAGAUGUGGAGAGGCCAGCUCGUCAUCACCUGGGGCAAGUACGCCGGGCAGACUUUCAGGUGGCUGCUGGAGAAUGACGCUGGUUGGGUGGCCUGGAUACUGGCAGAAUAUAGUCACCAGGGUGAGCUAAAUGACCUCUUGAAGUGGCAGAAGGAGCGCCUGCAGGAGUAUGUCCACAACUUCCCCUCUGUCACCUGUCUAGUUGACAAGAAGCUGAAGAACACCUCCUGGAUGAGUCCCAGGUCCCUGUCACCACCCACAUCACCACCGUGGCACAGCUCACCCCAGCCGCAGCUGCCAGCCAGGAGCCUGCCGUGCCACCAUCGCAGGAGCAGCCCUCUGUGUCCUCCGGCAUCCACCUGGAGGGUUGGCAGAGGUACUGGGAGGAGCCACCCUCAUCUGCCCAAGCACUUGGCAUCGCCCUCCCAAACAUCAAAUGGAUGA